AUGUCACCCACCGCCAUGGGCGGGGACUUACCUCAAUGGUGUGGCAAGACAGAGGGGUGCCCACAGGCGCUGCUCGGCUGGCUCUAUCUGACUCAUGAUCAGAACGAUCAGUGGGUGCCCGGUUCAGUAUGGGGUCCACUCCCCACAGCAGCGACGGGUGCCAACCAGGCGCCGACAGACGACAGCGGGUCCCUCGCAGAGCAAUUAGCGGCCCUGUCUCUGCGCCGGCCGCCGCGUCCUCCGCCCCCAGCGUACAUGUGCCACUUGUGCUUCAAGAAAGGACACUACAUUGGCGAUUGUCCACAGGCCCGUCCGAAAGGCGAAGGGUUAACCCCGUACCAAGGGAAGAAACGGUGUUUCGGGGAGUACAAGUGUCCGAAGUGCAAACGCAAAUGGAUGAGCGGGAACUCCUGGGCCAAUAAUGGACAGGAGUGCAUCAAAUGCAGGAUCAAUGUAUUUCCCCAUAAGCAGAGACCUUUGGAGAAACCCGAUGGCUUGGACGUGAGCGAUCAGUCGAAGAUACAUCCUCAGCAUCUCUGUCAGAAGUGUCGCUCUCUCGGAUAUUACUGUCGACGCGAGUAUUAA